AUGUACAAACAAUUACAAACCAACUGCUGUCGAAACCUCAAAAACACCUUCAUCAGACCCAUAACAACAAUAACAACAUCCGCAACACCAGCAGCACCUUCAAACACUUUCAUACCCAUUUUCGACAAUGCCGCCAACUACAUCUACAUUAACAAUCGCCAAAUUGAUAGUUUCAUUAAGUCAAAAAACCCAAACUCAGCACUUGAACUGUUCCACAACAUGCAAAUCCGUGACACUGUCACUUACAACUUGAUCAUUUCAUCCUCUUGUUUGCCACCCAAGAAAGCUUUUCAUAUCUAUGCCGAAAUGGGUUUGUUUGGAAUAAGAGAAACUUCAACUACUUUUGCGUCUGUUAUAGCUCUUUGUACCAAUGCUGGGUUUUGCAUAGAAGGUUCUCAGGUUCAUUGUAGAGUUGCAAAGUUUGGAUUUUUGAACAAUGUGUUUGUUGGUGGUGCACUUGUUGGGUUUUAUAUGGGUUUUAAGCUAUGUGGGGUUGCAGGUGAACUGUUUGAUGAGUUGUCAGAGAGAAACUUGGCUGUUUGGAAUGUGAUGCUACGUGGGUUUUGUGAAAUGGGACAUGUGGAGGAGUUGCUUGGGUUUUACUCUAGGAUGCGUUUUGAAGAUGUGGACCCAAAUGGGGUUACUUUUUGCUAUUUGCUUAGGGGGUGUAGUAGUAAUAGAAGUUUUCAUGAAGGAGAGAUGCUUCAGAGCUGUGUGUUGAAGAUGGGUUUGAUGGAAUCUAAUGUUUUUGUUGCUAAUGCGUUGGUGGAUUUUUAUUCUUCACGAGGGUGUUUGGUUGGUGCAAGGAAGUGUUUUGAAGGGAUGAAGGUUGAGGAUGUUAUUUCAUGGAAUUCUUUGGUUUCUGUUUAUGCAGACAAUAAUUUGGUCAUUGAAGCUUUGGAGUUUUUUAAUUUUAUGCAAACCCGUGGACAUCGGCCGGCGGUUCGUUCUUUAGUUGGGUUCUUGAAUUUAUGUAGUAGAAUUGAGGAUAUUGGUUUGGGGAAACAGAUUCAUUGUUGUGUUGCGAAAUUUGGUUUUGAUGAAAGUAGUGUGUUUGUUCAAUCUGCUUUGAUUGAUAUGUAUGGAAAAUGUUUGGACAUUGAGAGCUCUGUGGCUGUAUUUGAAUGCCUUCCUAAAAGAACUUUGGAGUGUUGUAAUUCAUUGAUGACUUCUUUGUCUCAUUGUGGUGCCACUGAAGAUGUAGUGGAAUUGUUUGGCUUAAUGGUUGAUGAAGGUCUUAUGCCAGAUGAAGUUACCGUCUCGACAACACUGAAAGUGUUAUCCGUGUCUGCUUCGGCAAGUUUCACCAGCUCUCUGUUACUUCAUUGUUUUGCAUUGAAAUCUGGUGUUGAAGGAGACACCGCGGUUGCAUGUUCCCUUAUGGAUGCAUAUUCAAGAUGUGGACAUGUGGAACUUUCUCAUCGGAUUUUCGAGACUGUUCGAACACCGAACACUAUUUGCUUUACUUCUAUGAUCAAUGGUUACGCCCGGAACGGAAUGGGAAAAGAAGGUCUUUCGUUGCUUCAUGCUAUGAUCGAGAAAGGCAUAAAACCGGACAAAGUUACCUUCAUAUGUGCAUUAACGGGGUGUAGUCACACCGGCCUGAUUGAGGAAGGAAGAUUACUCUUUAACUCAAUGGAAUCUCUUCACAAUGUUCAUCCAGAUCGGCGGCAUUUUUCAUGCAUGGUGGAUCUUUUAUGCCGUGCAGGACUUCUACACGAAGCCGAAGAGUUUCUUCUAAAGGCACGUGGAAAAGGAGAUUGUUUCAUGUGGAGUUCUUUACUCCAAAGUUGCAGGGUUCACAAGAACGAAGAGGUUGGAACAAGAGCAGCAAAAAUGUUGGUUGAUCUAGACCCAGAUGAUCCAGCAGUGUGGUUGCAAGCUUCGAAUUUUUAUGCCGAGAUUGGAAAAUUUGACGAAUCCAGGCAAAUAAGAGACGUCGCUAUAGCAAGGAAGAUGACUAGAGAAAUCGGCUGUAGUUUGAUUGAGAUAAGACAAUGA